AUGGCCAGGCCCCAGGAGACUCUGCUGCCCCUCCCUCGGAGAGAAGGGGUCCAGGCAGCCACCACUGUGCCCAUCCUCUUGCCCAACCUGAAGUGCAGCUUCUUCGACCAUCCCAUGAACCAGGGGCUUCUCUGCCCUGUCCGGCGGCCCUACAGUCCCUCCUUGGCUCUGACAACCAGUCAGCCAAAGAAGCCCAAGAUGCAGGUGCCUGGGGACAUGUUCCCCCCCCACUGGAGCCCACCACCUAUAGAGUUCCUAAACCCGAGGGUACUGCAGCCUGGCCAGGAGGCCCCAGCCCAGAGGUGGGUGGCAGUGGGGCCCCAGGGCCUGAGAAGACUGGCCCACCAGCCGCCUGAGGAGUUGGAGCAGGAACCUCCAGACUCGUUGGAUGAGCUGUUCUGCAACAUGGCAGGUCUGUGCCAGCAGGCUGUGGCCCCAGAGUUCGCCUCUGGGGGCUCAGAGCACUAUGUCAACAGUUUGGAUUACUUACUGCAGGAGAAGAGGCAACAGGCCCUGGAGCAGGAGCGAGAGAAGCUGCUUCUGCAGGACUGUCUCAAUCUCAACUCCUUGCAUUUUGAUGAAGAUGAAGUGCCUCUCACACCUGAGCAUAGGAUGCUGGUGGAGAAGUUCUCCUUGCCACACUGGGUCAUCCCGCCAGUACAUCCAGGCGAGACUGUGUUUCUGCCCAGGAGUCAUCCCCUGCCUUGGAUCCUGGACUCCUCACACCUAAAACCACGAAACCACCUGGAAGGGCUGUUCCUCAGCUCCCCACUGGCCCAGCAGCUCUCCCUUCUGCGCAGCGGCCUCCUGAGCACGCUCUACCUGCGUGCGCCCGACCGCCCGGUGCCCCUGCUCCAGUGGCUGUUCCAGCUGCUGACAUGGCCUCCAGAAACUUCUUCGGGAGCCUUUGGUCUCCUGUGGGAUCUCAGUGUGGAUGGGCUCUUCUGUCAGUCUGAGGAAGACAUGCGCUUGUGGUGCCCCUCCCUGCAGGAGGUCAUGGAGGCAUUUCACAGCCUGGGAGCCCAUAUCCCUGCUCUGUGCCCCCUGGGGCCCUUUCAGCAUGGCAGCAGAGUGCUUAGAAGUGAGGCUGGCCUGAGCGGAAAUGAGCAGCAGGACACUCCCCAGGAGGUUGCCGUGGACAUUAGUCUGAGCUACAUCUGUAAGUUCCUCACGCUGUGUGCCCUGGCCCAGCCAGAGGCCUACACUGACGGGAGCCUCUUGGGCCUGAUUGAGCUGCUGUGUCAUGCUGGCCUGGACGUGGGGCUCCGACUGCUGCCUAAGGUCGACCUCCAGCAGCUCCUGCUCCUGCUUCUGGAGAACAUCCGGGAGUGGCCGGGGAAGCUCCAGCAGCUGUGCCGCACCCUGAGCCAGGCGUCCGACCACCACCACAACCUGCUGGCGCUUGUGCAGCUCUUCCUGGACUUGACCUCCCGGAGCAGGCAGCUUCGAAGCCAGCUCAGCCUCAUGGUCAUUGCCCGAAUGUUGGGCCAGGAACAGACACUCCCUCUCUGGCAAGAGAAGACCCAGCUGUCCUCACUCAGCCGGCUCCUGAGCCUCAUGAGGCCGUCAUCCCUCGGGCAGUACCUAGGCUCUGAGUCCCUGCCACCCUACCAGGAACAACAGCCAAAGGCCAGUGCCGAGCUAGACUACAAGGCCUGCUACCUGUGCCACAGCCUCCUGACACUGGCUGGGGUGGUGGUCAGCUGCCAGGACAUUACUCCAGACCAAUGGGGCGAGCUGCAGCUGCUGUGCAUGCAGCUGGACCGCCACAUCAGCACCCAUAUCCGGGAGAGCCCCCGGGCCAUGCAUCGCACCAGACUCAAGGACUUGGCUGCCCAGACCUACAUCCGUUGGCAGGAGCUGCUGGCCCACUGCCAACCCCAGGCCCAGUACUUUAGCCCCUGGAAAGAAACCUAA